UAGGAGUCUUGAAUGUCACCUAAAGACACUGCAAAAACCUCCCACUGAGCUUUGUGCACUAAACUAAUUCACUUAUUAAAACUAUGCUUAGUGGAAGAAAAGUAAUCUAAACUAUGGCCUAUGAGAAUCUUGGUUUCCUCAAAAAGUAUUUGAAUCUUUGUUUCUUUCCCUUUUGUAAAGAUCUCAGCCUUACCCCCUUUUCUCUCACCCCAUGAAAAGUGAUACUGAUUACUAAACCCCCACCUUAAAACACACUGUGUGUUCUUCCACCCUUCACUUCAUAUUUGCCUUAUCUUUUUCAAAAUGUAAGCUUUUUGUUGGAAAUACCCACAAUUUUCCACAUGUUUCUUAGAGCUAAAAUGAAUGGGGUUUCGGUUUCUGAGGUACCCAUCAAGAAUUUUCUAGGUAAGAGAUGCAGAAUGCUCUGUUCUUUUGGAACUUUUGGUUAUGUUUUAGCUCUUAUACUUGUACUUUCCUCUGCAUUUUUGGGAUGUUGUGGUGAUGAUGAUGGGGAUUCCAGUAUGGUGUCAGUGCCUCUUGGCUUUGAAAUCUCUGGGUUUGAUAGAACCAAGAAUUGGGUAUCUAAAAAUGGGGUUUUUGCAUUUGGGUUCUUGGAGAAGUAUGGUGGUGAUGAUGUUGAUGGGUUUGUUGUUGGGGUUAGGUAUAAUUUAGGAGAUCAAGAAGAUGUUAAUGUACCUGUUUGGUCUGUGGGUGGGGGUGUUAGGGUUUCUGGAAAUUCCACUUUUAGGCUUGCCAUGGAUGGAAGGCUGGAGCUGAUUGAGAAUCAUAGUGGAAUUGUUGUUUGGAGCAGUAAUACCUCUACUUUGGGUGUCCAAAAAGCAAGUCUUUUGGAUAGUGGUAAUUUGGUGCUUUUGGAUGAUGAUAAUAAAGUUGUUUGGGGAAGCUUUAGUAGUCCAAUUAACACCUUACUUCCUGGGCAGUCUCUCCAUUUCCCUCAGAACCUUAGAGCCCCUUCGACCCAGUCGGUCUCGAGCUACUAUAGUUUGGAGAUUAGGCGAACUGGGGAGCUCGCACUUGUCUGGGAACACAAUGUGACCUAUUGGAGGAGCCAUUUCGGUUCCUCAGCUAGUGUCGAGGAAGCAAGGUUCGAGUCUACAGGUGUUCUUGGACUUUACGGGGAUAGCAGCGAGGCUGUGUGGUUUGUCACAAGUAAGGAUUUUGGAGAUCCUUCCGUGACUUUGAGGCAUCUUAGGAUUGAUCAAGAUGGGAAUUUGCGGAUGUACUCAUGGAACGAUGAAGUUCGAUCGUGGAAAGUAGGAUGGCAGGCGGUGAUUAACCAGUGUAAUGUGUUUGGCUCCUGUGGAUUAUAUGGUAUUUGCGGGUAUAACACCUCGGGCCCGACUUGUAAUUGCCUGUAUACCGAUUCUUUAGAUUCGGGAACCAGCGGUUCUGCUGUGGAUUUGGGCAGCUCGGGGUGCAAGAAAAUGGUUGAUUUGGGGAAUUGCAGACUGCAUACUAGCAUGAUGGUAAUGAAGCAAACGGUUCUUUAUGGUCUUUAUCCCCCGCUUGAUGUUAAUAUGAUUUUGAGCGAGGAGGCUUGCAAAGAGUACUGCACAAACGACACUUCUUGUGUUGCUGCAACUUCAAAAAACGACGGGUCUGGUGUCUGCACUAUCAAAAGAACCAGUUUUGUUAGCGGGUACACUGAUCCCUCUGUCCCUUCGGUUUCUUUCUUAAAGGUCUGUCAGGUUCCACUCGCGGUUGCUGCUCGUGCUGCUAAUCACCGUUACAACGGGGAAUCAGUUUCGUUGCCAUCUAGUAGACUUGCAGGCGGAGAAAGCAGGACGAGGUUAAUCGAGGGAGUAGGCAUUAUAGUAUUAAUGACAGUCUCGAUUGUUUUGGGCGUGGAAGGGAUAGUGUUAUGGGUUAUGUUUAAGAGAAGAAAAAUCGAGACUCGAUUAACUCGAUUAAGGAAAGAUGGUCAUAUGAACCCACAUUGCACUGGUGUUGUCCGGGUAACGUUUGAGGAGAUUAAGGACCUAACCGAUGAGUUUGCUGUUCGGCUUGGCCCUUCUGUCUUUAAGGGCACCCUCCCGAAUCGAAUACCAGUUGUUGCUAAGAUACUGAGUGGUACAGUUGUGCCCGAGAAGGAGUUCCGCCUUGCAGUUUCUACAUUGGGCGCUAUGCACCAUAGGAAUCUCGCGUCGUUGAGAGGAUUCUGCUAUGAACCCGAACACAAGCUCCUAAUCUACGAGUUCGUUCCAAAUGGCUCUCUCGAUAAGUGGCUCUUGGACUUAAACAAGGACCCGACUAAAUGGUCAUGGCAUCAAAGGCUUAAUAUUGCUCUAGAAGUGGCACGAGCCCUCGCAUAUUUGCAUCUAGAGUGUCCACAGUGCAUACCCCACGGAAACCUGAAGCUCGAGAAUGUUUUGCUCGGUGAGAGCUUCUCGGUCAAGCUUACAGAUUUCGGACUUCAAACAUUAAUGUCGAACGAAUCAGCUUCCUCCUCCGAGUCACCAUCAGAGAAGGAUAUACACAUGUUAGGAGAGAUGCUAUUACAAAUCGUGACAUGCCAGCGAGAAGUUCUGAUGGAAAGUCCACAAGAAAUCCUCGACGAAUUGUCCCGAAAAGAAACACCCCCCGUGGGGAGUGAGGAGGAUAUGAAAGCGCUAGAAAGAGUAGUCCGGAUAGCGUUCUGGUGCAUGCAGACUCAACCCUUUCUUAGACCUUCCAUCAGCGAAGUGCUUAAGGUGCUCGAAGGUACACUCUCGGUUGAUAACCCCCCAUCGGAUUUCGUUUUUAGGCACGAGAGCAUGACUGACAGUGAAGCUGUAGCGUAAACUGACCUGCAGAGAGAGCGAGCUCGCUAGCUAACUGCAUUUGGCCUUGAACCUCAAUUUUAAACGGGGCAUGAGCCAUCUCUCGGUGUUCAUUAGGUUUUUUGCAAAGUUGAACCACGGGAACGUUCCAAGCUAAGCUUCCUAAACCGCUGUUUCAUCUCUAGAGAAGUCAGCAGAACUGCAGAAUCUCUGUGAGACACGAGCAAACCAUUGCCUUCCCUCGUUGGCAAUUUGGCGCUGAAAUGAUUCGAUGUAAGUGUACCCUUCUGUACAUCUUUGAAUGAAACAUCUCUCUUUAGAAAAUAAGCAAUUAUGUGUUUCAUUAUAUAUAUAUGAUGCGGUUUCAAUUAUCAUUCCUGUCUGUAUUACAUAGCAGAGACUAAGGGUGAAAGAUCGCGAGGUUUAUGAAAACAGGAAUGGAAUUUUUGUGAUUUGGUAAGGCUGAUGAUUAAAAUGUGUUGAGUUUUUUUCA